GAGUCCGAGUUUUCUGAGAGAUCUCUGCAAUCCUAACCAUGGCUGCAACUACGACGAAGGUCUUAUCGCAGAAAGAAGCCGACAUCCAAAUGAUGUUGGCUGCUGACGUCCACCUAGGAACGAAGAAUUGCGAUUUUCAGAUGGAACGUUAUGUCUUCAAGAGAAGAACUGAUGGUAUCUUUAUCAUUAAUCUGGGCAAAACUUGGGAGAAGCUGCAAUUGGCUGCUAGGGUAAUUACAGCCAUAGAGAACCCUCAGGACAUAAUUGUUCAAUCGGCAAGGCCUUAUGGCCAGAGGGCUGUUUUGAAGUUUGCACAGCACAUAGGUGCACAUCCAAUUGCAGGUAGACACACUCCUGGGACGUUUACUAACCAGCUCCAAACAUCCUUUAGUGAGCCUCGGUUACUGAUCCUUACCGAUCCUAGAACGGAUCACCAGCCAAUUAAGGAAGCUGCUCUUGGUAACAUUCCAACCAUUGCUUUCUGUGAUACUGACUCUCCCAUGCGCUAUGUUGACAUUGGGAUCCCUGCCAAUAACAAGGGGAAACACAGUAUUGGCUGUCUAUUCUGGUUGUUAGCCAGGAUGGUUCUGCAGAUGCGAGGCACAAUUUCUCCUGGACAGAAAUGGGAUGUGAUGGUGGAUUUAUUUUUCUAUAGGGACCCUGAGGAGGCCAAGGAACAAGAAGAGGAUGAGGCUGGUGCUCCUCCGGAUUAUCAAGGUGCAGAUUUCACCGGUGGUGCCCUUGGUGGUCUUCAGAGUGAACAAUGGCCUGCCCAAAUGCAAGAUACCCAGUGGGCCUCAGAAAUGGCAGCUGCCGGUGGUGCCAUUCCUACAGGUGUCAAUGCUGACUUACCCCAAACUCAAGGUAAAAUAUUGAUUCCCAUAUUUCUUUCUUAAUUGUUUAAAUUCA